CAGGGUUGAUGGCAGACUGACUCCAUAUCUUGUUGUCCUGCUCUUCUGUGCAGUUGAUGGCGGCCUUUCCUCAGCACCGAAGAGCUUCCUGCCCGAGUUUCUGCGCCGUGGUUCAGAAGCUGCGAUGAUGACAUUUUUCUCGGCGAUCGUUCGACCUCUCCUCAUCAGUGUCGCAGCCGGAGUUGGCAUCUACUUUGCCUUCCUCGGCCUCCUCACCAUCCCUUCGCUCCAAGAUCAUGCUAUCUACCUACACCGCAUAACCUUGACCUGGUUCCAAGAUGUCAAUGUGCCAGAGCACUGGGGCUUUCUCCGGAACCAGGUCACCCCCUUCCUCCUUCACACCCCAGAUGGCGAAACCCUCCAUGCGUGGCACGUCCUACCUCUCGAGACAUAUCGAAAGAAUGAAAAAGCGCUGAGAGAAGAGCCUACGGGACUGUGUCACAAUAUUAAAGAGAGAUUAAGUUUCAAGCUGCUGAGAGACGAUCCAACUGCCAGGCUGGUAAUAUAUCUACAUGGAGCAGCGGGAACACUGGGAUCAGGCUGGCGACCGCAGAGCUAUCGUGCUCUGUCUGCCGCCGCGCCCAACGUCCAUAUUCUGGCCAUUGACUACCGCGGGUUCGGCUCUAGCACUGGGUGGCCGUCAGAGGCCGGUCUCCUCACCGACGCACUCACUCUGGCCGAGUUUGCGAUGAAAACCGCUGGCAUCCCGCCCGAGCGCAUCGUCGUCUUUGGACAGUCGCUAGGCACCGCAGUCAGCAUAUCUCUCACCCACUAUCUAGGUCUUCAAUCGCCACCAAUCCUUUUUGCGGGGAUCGUGCUCAUCGCACCUUUCGCAAAUGUCGAGCUUUUGACCCAGACAUAUAGCAUUGCUGGCACUAUCCCUCUUCUGGCGCCCGUGGCCCAUUGGUCCAGAGCGUUGGCCUGGUUCAACAGCUUCAUCACUACCAAAUGGCCAUCAAAGGAUAAAUUGGCCGAACUUAUCCGUCGGUUGGAAGCACUCAAGCUUUCAGAGCGGAAGACAAGAUACGACAUCACAAUCAUCCACGCACAAGACGACUACGACAUCCCCUGGACACACUCUGACAUUGUAUUUUGGCAUGCCGUCAACGCAACGAGACAGCCUGAAACGAGCCUGAGUUUUGAAGAUUUGGAGGACGAGAAGGCCAGACGGAAAUCAGACCUCGGAGCUGGGGGAUGGGAGGUUGAGUGGAGGGGCGAGGCUGGUGUGGUGCGAGAACAGAUUGUGAAGCAUGGGCUUCAUGAUCGCAUCAUGAGCUAUCCGGUGGUGAGUCUCGCCGUUGCACGAGCAUUUCACAGCCUGGAUGCGGAAUAGACGGCUGUCUGCGACAGGAUCUUGCCUUGUCUUCGAAAGCGCGAGUGGACAAACUCGCCCAUCUACCAAUGCCUCUCGGCCGUCUUCUCCGCAACAUAGCCCCUGAGAAUCCAUUUUGCACUUGUUCUUACCACAAGGUGAGAACGGCUAAUGGCGUCUCGCGACUCCGCGGUCCGGACAACGUCGAAGGCUUUCAGACGCGGGCUCUGACUACAUUUCUAUAUACUCCAGUCAAUCCUGCCGUGGGCAAUAGGAUUGUAUAGCUGCAGGCGAAGCGACCAUAUGGUUGAGCCUGAGCAAUCAGGCCAUUGCUGGACGCCGUUGACCUCCAAUCCCGAAGUAUCUCCCUUAUGGGUGCAUUGGUUUGCCACACCUCGAGCCGGUUCGCUAAGGCCCUUCAAGCUAAUGUAGUUGCUCCGUUAAUUACUAAACUGUUGCUUGCUCGGUAUUCGCUGCUCCGACAAGACAUUUAC